GAUCGCAGCAGGUGAAGGCGGAGGAGCACUAAACAAACUUGCUGGGCAAAGAGAGAAAUAUUCCUGGGGAAUACCGGCCUUCAAGGACCGCCGCUGUCCUUCCUGUCAGUCAGUCAGUCAGUCAGUCACCAAUUCAGAGCGUAAUAACACAAAAGUCUGCUGGCAGCAAUCAACUCUAAGCCAAAUUAACAAAAAUCUGAAAACAAAUCGUUAAUAAAAGAAAUUGCAUACAACUAUCAUCAAACUUUCCAAUGUUUAAUUUUUGUGUUGUUGACUGAUACAAAGAUAAAAGACCAAAUUUGUUAGGGGAAACAAUUCUCCCACACAACAAAGCAUAUUAUAAUCAUAAUAAACAAGUAUAAUGUAAUUCAUUUUUAUUCAAACAUAAAUUUGUUUUGAGUAAAUGUGCGCUAGCUAGAAUCAUAUAUAUAUAUAUAUAUAGUCGGAUAACAUUUGAUUACCUUCGUCGGUGAGUGUCUAGCCAAUCAAUCUACAGCCUAUAGGAACCAUAUAUACCACAAGGUUUUAUACUGAAUUUAUAGAAUUUUGGGUAAGGGCGCAGUGCGCAUCGAAAGGCCCCAUCAAAACAUCAACACCAAACUCAAUAUUAACUAACAAAAAUACCAUAAGCAAGUGUUUUUUUGUCGCAAAUAAAUAAAUUUACAUAUUUACACAAAAAAAGAAAGAAGUUAAACAAAAGUAAUAUUUAAAUAAAGACUUGAAUUUCUCAAAGAAAUAAAUAUUUAUACAAGGACAAGCGAAGAAUAAGAACUAAAAGAAAAAACGGACUUCCAACGAUUUCAAAAUACGACGAAAUAUUUUUAGAGCAAAGACCCUGCAACAAAGUAUGAUAACAAAAACUAUGCAAAUCGGUUAACAAAAUAUUUGCCAAAUCUAUGAAUCAAAAAGUAACAAACAAAACGCAAACUUAAUGAGAAAUCCAAUGUCGAGCUACAAGAAUUUAUACUAAAAACAGAGGAAGGAAGAAAUUAGAGAGAAGAAAAAGUGCAAAAGCAGAUUUAGUGGAAAAGCGUGAGGAAAACCGAGAUCAACAGAGAUCAGCUGUUAAGUGAUAUUUUAUAAAAACCGAAAAUAUCAGUUAAGGACAACGACUUAUAAGAUUGAGUGAAAACGAGCGAGCAAUCGAACAGCCAUCAUUUAUCAGAAAAAAGACACGGAUCACCGGAAAAGAGGGAGAUUUUUUAACUGCAAAGGGAAAAGCAAACAAACGGGGCAAAAAUAAAUAAGAGGAGACGUAAACAAAAACCAAACACCACCAAAUAAAACCAACUACUAUUAAUUUAAAGCAAACAUAAACGAAUAAUCAUAUUCAAGCGGUAUAUAUAUACAAGAGGAUUACGGAUAACACAACUAACUAUAUAUAUACGAUAUAUGAAUGUAUAUUUGAAAACCAAAGCUAAGUUCCAGUCAAAGAAAAACCAAAAACCAGCGCAAAUUUAGUAAAAGUAUAAAAAAAAGAAAAAAAAAACAAAUUAUUGCUAUCUUUUUGCAUUUUUGCAAUUUUAUAAAAAAUAACAAAGAAAACGAAAAAGAAAAUCCAAAAACUACAACUAAAGAUCAUAAUAACCUUUAACAUUUGGAGAAGCAAAAAAGAAGAAGUAAACACAUUUAGCAAAAUUUACUCUUUUAUCUAAACGAAAAUAAAACAAACAAAAAAAAAAACAAAAACACAAAUCAAAGUAAAAUCUAAUUCAAGAAUAAAUUAAAUUUUAAAAGUUUUAGAAAGAGAACGCUCUAAACAUAACUUAAAAAGCAAAUACAUUUUUUUCGCGAUCGUAGUUGAUCUAAAACCUCCCCAAAAAGAAAAAAAACCGAUAUAUAAAAUCAGCGGGAAAAAACGCUGGACUUGUGCAAAGCGCAAUCGCAAUCGCAAAUAAACUAAACUAAAACAUAAAAACGAGCAGCCCCUAACUUGUAAGCGAAAAACAAGCAACCAAGCAGUGAGAUUAACUAGGACUAACCAGAAGGACGAAAUCAGGACAGGAUCAGGAUCAGGAUGACCAACGCCAUGGACAUAGUGAAGAACGGCAGUGCCAAUGGCUCCGUGGACGGCAGCAAUGAUGAGUCGCGCACCAAUUUGAUCGUCAACUAUCUGCCGCAAACCAUGACGCAGGAGGAGAUGCGAUCGCUCUUCUCCAGCAUCGGUGAGCUCGAGAGUUGCAAACUGGUGCGUGAUAAAGUCUCAGGUAAUUUGGUCUUGCCAGCAUCGUUGACCGCUCUCAACCCGGCACUGCAGCAAGGUCAGAGCCUGGGCUAUGGCUUUGUUAAUUACGUAAGGGCCGAGGAUGCUGAGAAGGCUGUGAACACCCUGAACGGUCUGCGUUUGCAGAAUAAGGUUAUUAAAGUAUCAUACGCCCGUCCAAGCUCAGAAUCUAUUAAGGGUGCUAAUUUAUAUGUAUCGGGUCUUCCGAAAAAUCUAUCACAACCAGACUUGGAGGGGAUGUUUGCUUCGUUCGGCAAAAUAAUUACAUCCCGUAUACUCUGUGAUAAUAUUUCUGGUCUAUCGAAGGGCGUCGGUUUUAUCCGCUUCGAUCAGCGCAACGAGGCCGAGCGGGCCAUCCAGGAGCUGAACGGCAAGACCCCGAAGGGAUACGCCGAGCCGAUCACCGUUAAGUUCGCCAAUAACCCGAGCAACAGCGCCAAGGCCCAGAUCGCCCCGCCCCUCACCGCCUACUUGACCCCCCAGGCGGCAGCGGCCACCCGCCGUUUGGCCGGAGCCCUGCCCUCCGCCGGUCGCAUAAGGUACUCACCCCUGGCUGGCGACCUCUUGGCCAACUCGAUCCUGCCGGGAAACGCGAUGACCGGCUCCGGAUGGUGCAUAUUCGUGUAUAACCUGGCCCCGGAAACCGAGGAGAAUGUGCUGUGGCAGUUGUUUGGACCCUUCGGGGCCGUCCAAUCGGUGAAGGUGAUCCGCGAUCUGCAGACCAGCAAGUGCAAGGGAUUCGGGUUCGUGACCAUGACCAACUACGAUGAGGCCGUGGUGGCCAUCCAGUCGCUGAACGGCUAUACCCUGGGCAAUCGGGUGCUCCAGGUCAGCUUUAAGACUAACAAGACCAAGACCACUUAGGCGAACCCGCCACUUUGGGCUAGACCUCUCCAAUACUCCGCGAUCCGUUUGAUUUGACGAACCUAGACUAUUGACUAUUGACUAUCGAUCUGAUGUGGGACAGUGUAGUCGAAAUUGCGAAAUUAGCGCGAAUUAUGAUGUCUAUCAUUUGAUUUGUACGCUAAACGAAAUUAUUAUGAUUGUAAUUCUAAUGAAAUCUUAGUGAAAAUUGAUUUAUUUCCAUCUGUAUAAUUUAAUUCUAUUAACUAAACCAAGAAACCAAAUAACAAAAACAAAAAAAAAAACAAAAACAAAGCUUGAAUGAGGCAACCAAAUAACACAACACAGAAACUAAGGCAAACUUUAGAAAAAAGAUGAGCAAGACAACUGUCUAUAAAUUGACAAAAGAGAAAUAUGAGAAUAUGAGAAAAUAAUAAGGUCAAAGGAAAAACAAAAGAAAACAAAAAAGGAAAAAUAAAAAAUAAAAAACCGCAAAAAUAUAAAUGAAAAUGAAAAUGAUCUAAGUCGCAAUAUAUAGAAACUAUUUUUUUUUAAACUUAUGUAUAUGUAAUUCAAUUCGAUUAUAUUCAAUUAAACAGAGUAUUUAAACAAGCUAACCAAAUGAUUUAAUGUCUAUUGAUUUAAGAUUUACCAACAUUACUCUCUCAGCUUACCUAAGUACUUAUUAUAAUGAAUAUGCAUAAAUAUAUUGUAUUGUAUUGUAUUUUGUGUUCGAUUUGCAACCUUACCUUACAUUACAUUACAUUACAUUAAUUCUAGUGCUAUUCAGCUCUUAUAUUUAAUUCGAUUCGCCAUGAUUUACACUCGAAGACGAAACGAAAAUCGAAGAUAAAGCCGCGAUAUAUCCUCCAAACGUAACAACAAAAUCCCCAGCACCCACACACUCACUUGUAAUCAUUAUUAUAUAUAUGUAACCAGAUUUAAUUACCUUUUUUUCGUCGUCUAAGAUUCGUAUUCGUAUUCGUCAAGUGCAAACCAAAGUAAAUGAAACCAAGAAAACUUAUUAUAUUAUAUUAAAUUAUAUAUUAUUACGCCUACUUAUUAUUCCAUUUUUAUAAUUAUUAUAACUUAUUGAACGAAACCAAGCAAAAC